GGGACUUAAAAACAGGGCCCUCAGGGCAGUCAGCCCACACCUUCCUUCCCAACUGCAGCAACAUGGCCUUUCUCUGGCUUCUCUCCUGCUUCGCCCUUGUGGGGGCUGCCUUCGGUCAAUGUGGGGUCCCCGCCAUCGAACCCGUGCUGAAUGGCCUGUCCAGGAUCGUCAAUGGCGAGGACGCUGUCCCGGGCUCCUGGCCCUGGCAGGUGUCCCUGCAGGAUAAAACUGGCUUCCACUUCUGCGGGGGCUCCCUCAUCAGCGAGGACUGGGUGGUCACUGCUGCCCACUGUGGUGUCAGGACAUCCCACGUGGUCGUGGCUGGGGAGUUUGACCAGCACGCAAAUGAGGAGAACAUCCAGGUCCUGAAGAUCGCCAAGGUUUUCAAGAACCCCAAGUUCAACAUGCUGACCGUCCGUAACGACAUCACCCUGCUGAAGCUGGCCACGCCUGCCCGCUUCUCUGAGACCGUGUCCCCUGUGUGCCUGCCCGCGGCUACGGAUGAGUUCCCCCCUGGUUUGCUGUGCGCUACCACGGGCUGGGGGAAGACCAAGCACAAUGCCAACAAGACCCCCGACAAGCUGCAGCAGGCGGCCCUGCCCCUCCUGUCCAACGCCGACUGCAAGAAGUUCUGGGGCAGCAAGAUCACGGACGUGAUGAUCUGCGCCGGGGCCAGCGGCGUCUCGUCCUGCAUGGGCGACUCUGGCGGCCCCCUGGUCUGCCAGAAGGACGGAGCCUGGACCCUGGUGGGCAUCGUGUCCUGGGGCAGCGGCACCUGCUCCACCUCCGUCCCCGCCGUGUACGCCCGCGUCACUGAGCUCAUUCCUUGGGUUCAGGAAAUUCUUGCCGCCAACUGAGCCUCUUUCUCCCACCCCCCAACCCCGAGUGUUUCCAAUAAAAGCAUGUGACGGGA